UUUCAUAAAAUGGCAUCUUUUAAAAAAACAAAUACAAAAAUAUUCAUGAAAACUUGUUCAGAUUUAACGUCUGAUAGUAUUUAUUGGAAAAAUUAUAAUGUAUCUGUCCUUGUUAAAGAAUUUGGACCAAUUGAUUACAUAGAUUUUUCACCCAAAGAACCAUAUCAUUUUGCAGCUACAUGUUCCUGUAGAAUUCAAAUUUAUAAUCCUAUAACAAAAUUAAUAACUAGAAAUCUUAAUAAAUUUAAAGAAGUCGCUUAUGGAGGAUCUUUUCGUCGAGAUGGACGAUUACUUUGUGCUGGUGGAGAUGAAGCUAUUAUAAAACUUUUUGAUGUUAAUACAAGAAGUCCAUUAAGAAUAUUCUGUGGACAUAGUAGAUCAGUUCAUAGAACAUUUUUCACUUUAGAUGGCAUUCAUAUUGUUUCAUUUUCAGAUGAUAAAACCACUGCGUUGUGGGAUAUUCCUAAUGAAAAGAAAAUAAUUGCUUUUGAAGAACACAAUGAUUAUAUUAGAGCUGGGAGUAUUAGUCCAGUAUCUCCUGAUAUUUAUAUAUCAGGGGGUUAUGAUAAAAUAGUAAAUAUGUAUGAUACAAGAACUAAUAAAAAAAUUCUUAGUAUCAAUCAUGAUGCACCGGUUGAGAGUGUUUUGUUUCUACCAAGUGGAGGAGUAUUUUUAUCAGCAGGUGGAACAGAAAUUAGAGUGUGGGAUUGCUUGGCUAGUGGUAAACUUUUAGCAAAGAUUUCUCAACAUCAUAAAACGAUCACAUGCUUACAAAUAGCAUUUAACGGUCAAAGAAUACUAUCUGGAUCAUUGGACAAACAUGUUAAAAUUUAUGAUUCUGGAUCAUAUAAAAUAGUAAACACUUUGGAUUAUCCAAAUUCUGUUCUAAGUAUUGGGAUAAGUGAAAUUAUGAUUAGGGAAUGA